AAGUUGUUAAUGAAGUCCUUGAAACUUCAUAUAAGACUUAUUUUAAGGGACCAUGGAGCAAUUGGAAAAAAGUUCCCAUAGAAGCACAAGGAAUAUGGUGGAAGGCCUUUAAGACUAAGUUCUCUUGGGAUCCUUCGAUGGCUAUACUGGUAAAGAAAGGAUGGCGACAAAAGUGUUCUAGGCGGCUUUCGGGUGUAGUGUGUAAGAUGUUUAGAACAAAAGGCUACCGUGCUAAAUGGUGUCACCCAAGAAUUAGGAAACGACUUGCAGCGUUGAGAGCAACUGAAGCCUUCAAAAAGAAAUCUGAUCAAUGUUCUAUUAACAGAAAGAAGCCCGGAAAAGCAACUCUUAUCCAUUGCUAAGGAUCUAAAUCAUCUGAGCAAGUUAGGAUUGAACUGGAGAAAAAGUUGAUGCGUCCGCCUACUCCAUCCGAGGUGUAUUACAAAGGCCAUGCUAAAGAGAAUGGUGAAUUCGUGGACGAGACGUCACGAAAAGUUUGGGCUGAUUUUCAAAGCAAAAAAUCUAACAACUUGGAGGAUGAGAAUCCUAAAACAGAGAACGAGUUAUUUUUGGAAGCCUUAGGUGGAUGGAAGAAUGGGAGAGUGUAUGGUCUUGGAAAUGCUAUUGACAACUUUUAUGUGAAACCAAACAACGACCCAAGUUUCAAGAAAGUGCGGAAUGAGCUAGUGACUAAUUUGACAAGUAAUGUUGAACUACUCUCUUCGAAAAAUUUGGAACAAGCGAAGGAGAUUGAAGAAACAAAGGUGGUCCUAGAUGAAACAACAACAAAGCUCAAUGAAACAGAAAAAAAGUUUGAUGAAACAACAAGACAACUUAAAGAAACAACAGAUGCUAUGAAGGCUAUGCAAGCUCAGAUUCUUUUCCUAACUGAAAAUGUCAUUUUACGCCAACCUUGAAUGCUGAUUAUCAGAAGAAAUUGCAUGGCUUUGUGUUAUUUUUGGCUUAUUGAUUGGAACACAUUUGGACGAUUAGUUUAGCGUAGAGUUUUUUUUUUCUUUUCUAGUGAAAGCAGGUAAACAAAUAUAUAUUGCAAAUUAUGCAAUUAUGUCAUUUAGGGGAUUACAGGUUAUAUAUUGCAUAUAUAUGCAAUUUU